AUGUCCCAAGUUCUGACAGUCAGCCCUAACACAGAGCCGUUCGCCGAGCUUCCCCCCAUCUGCGCUAGAUUGUUCGAGGCCAAGGCCAAGCAAGGCUUGACCUUUGACCAGAUCGGCAAGGCCAUCGGCCGCGAUGAAAUAUGGGUCGCUGCACUCUUCUACGGACAGGCGAAGGCGAAUACCGAUGAGAUUGCCAAGUUAUCUCAGGUGCUCGAGCUCCCUGGUAACAACCUCUCCGAGCUCUGCGAUGCAUGGAUCCCUCGUCGCGGUCUUGGCCCCAUGCCCCCACGGGACCCUGUCCUGUACCGUCUGUACGAGGGCGUCAUGGUCUACGGCAACGCCAUCAAGGCCAUCAUUCACGAGAAGUUUGGCGACGGCAUCAUGUCCAUGAUCGACUGCAAGGUCAACGUUGAGCGCAAGCCGGACCCCAAGGGCGACCGCGUCGUUCUCACCUUCGAUGGGAAGUUCCUCCCGUACCUCAAGUGGUAG